GAUCGUUCAUUUCGUUCACGAACGAGUAUCAGCGGGUCCUUUCGUUCACUUACGAACGAGAUGACUGAUCGUUCAUAUCGUUCAUGAACGAGAAUCAGCGGGUCUCGUUCAGACUCAAACACAGGCUCGUUCGUUCAGUGAACGGCGUAUUCGUUCAGUACAUUCAACCAAUCAUAUGCUCUGUCAAAGCUCACUCUCGAACGCCAUUGGCUCGUGCUUUAGACACACGUUUAAGCCAAGACGCUCUGUGCUCGAGGGAGAGAUUUCAGUGAACGAGAAAUAUGAGUCAUUGCAUUUCGUGAACGAGAACGAUUCGUUCACUUUAAAGAAAGAACGAUUCGUUCACUAACGAAACAUCACUAGAACACACCUACUGUCUGCAGAAACAGCGGACACGUGUUUCAUCAGCCAAACCUUGCUAAACAGCAACUGGCAUUACUCACGAAUAAAGACCAUCUUAUAAAGCAGCAGUAUGUGUGGUAUAUGGGCAUUGUUUGGCAGUGAUGAGUGUCUCGCAGUUCAGAUCAUUAAUGCCAUGAAGAUUGCGCAUCGCGGUCCUGACGCUUUCCGCUUUGAGAAUGUCAAUGAUUUUACCAACUGCUGCUUUGGAUUUCACCGCCUGGCCAUUGUGGACAAGCUGUAUGGCAUGCAGCCUCUACGUGUCAAGAAGUUUCCCCACCUCUGGUUGUGUUACAACGGUGAGAUCUACAACCACAUCAGGCUAAAGGAUCACUUUGAGUUUGAUUAUCAGACCAAAGUUGAUGGAGAGAUUCUUCUGCACCUGUAUGAUCGCUUUGGGAUUGAGAAGAUGGCGUCUCUGCUAGAUGGUGUAUUUGCCUUUAUCUUGUUAGACACUACUAAGAGAAAGGUUUUCCUGGGCAGAGAUACCUAUGGUGUAAGGCCUUUGUUCAAGAUGAUUACCGAUGAUGGCUUUCUAGCUGUUUGCUCUGAGGCCAAAGGUUUAACAGAGAUCAAACACUCCAUGUCCACUCCUGCAAAGAUCACCCCCUUUCCACCGGGACACUUUGAAGAAUUUAACCUCAAGCGUUCGGGAAAAGUAGAGCAUGUUCAGCUGUAUCGUUUCCACAACUUCACAGACGAACCCAAACACGCCACCUACGACAUCGUGGAGGGACUUGGCACAGGCUUUGAACUGGAGAUUGUCAAGAGCAACAUUAGGAUCCUGUUUGAAAAUGCUGUAAGGAAGCGAUUGAUGGGUCAAAGAAGAAUUGGCUGUCUCCUCUCAGGCGGUCUUGAUUCCAGUCUGGUUACUGCAACAGUUGUGAAACUGGCAAAAGAAGAGAACCUCGAUUAUAAGAUUCAAACCUUUGCCAUCGGCACUGAGGACAGCACAGAUAUAAUAGCUGCUCGCAAGGUGGCAGCUCACAUAGGCAGUGAGCACCAUGAGGUGAGCUUCACUCCUGAGGAAGGUAUCCGUGCCAUACAGGAAGUCAUCUUUCACUUGGAAAGUUAUGACAUCACAACUGUGCGUGCAUCUGUUGGUAAAUGUGCAAGAACAAAGCAGACUAAGAAUUAAUAAAUGUAUUGACGGAAAUAGUUUUAAAGAGUUUUACAUCAAAAAGUCUGAUCCAUAAGUUAGUAUAAUAUUGCUGUCACUAAAUAUAGCUCGAUGAACAUUAUUGUACACCAACUAAAAUGAUAAUUCCAAUAUAAAAACACACCCUCAUGUCAAGUUCAUGUCAACUUUCUAAAUACUGUACAUUUCUACACUCAAUAUGCAGUGUGAUUUCAUAACCACUAGAUGACAGCAGUGCUCAGCAUUUACAUUCAGGCACACAUCUGUUUUGUAUUUGU